GUCUUUUCCUAUAAAGCAAAAGAAUAAAAAAAUUCAAAUACAAGUACAAUUAUCAAAGUAAAGGAAAACGCACCAAACAUUUCGCCACACUCUUGUCAGUUCGGCAAAUUCGGAGCCACUUGUUGAUUUUGUUGUUAUUCGUUUUUCGGCUGUUUCGCUUUGAAGACCAAUGUCGCCGUCGCCGCAGCGGGAACGUGGAUAAAUAACGGCAGUGCGAAGCUAGAGAGGAGCAGAACUGGCAUGCAGCUGGCUGGCUGGCCGGCUGGCUGCUUAUACGCCUCCAUCUCUAACUCCGACUCCAGUUUCAGUCACAGUUCCAGCUACGGUUCCAAUUCCAAUUUCAAGUUCCAUUCCAUAACGACGCAUCACGACCAGGGCCACAUCUUCUACAAUAAUUCCAGCCACACACCCUGAUCUCUUAAUAAUUCAUCACAAUGGACGCCGAGAUAUGCAAUCCGCAAUUAUGUCGCAUUUGCAUCACAUCGCACACAAACUCUAUGCAAAUGAUUUCCAUAUUCGGCGAGGAUUCCCUUUGGCAAAAGAUCACAACAUUGGCGGAUGUUAAGAUCGCCAAGAAUGACACCUUGCCGCAACAGGUGUGUGUGAGCUGUGCCAAGACGGCGAUCUCGGCGUGCCUGUUCAAGAAGAAGUGCGAGGAUGCUGACAACUUCUAUCGGCAGCAGCUGCUGAUCAAGAAGAUCGAGGGACACACGGCCGAGCAGAGGGGUGAGUCGGAGGCGGCUGUUCCUGACGUCGCUGCUGCUGGCGGGCAGGCGAAGAGCAACAGCAACAGCAGCAGCGGCAGCAACAGCAACAGCAACAGCGGCAGCAGCAGUGGCAGCAGCAGCAGCAGCAGCAGCAACAGCAGCUCCGAUGACGACGAUGAGGAGGAGGAGGAUAAUGGCAAUGAGGAGGAGGAGGGAGGGACGAAUGCGAUGGCCGAAGAUGUUGUUGGCAAUGCGAGCGCACAGAAUGGACACGCCAAGAGCAAUGGACAUCAGAUAGAGCAACACCAGCAGCAGCAACAACAACAACAACAACAGCAACAGCAGCUCUCAGAGCAGCAGGAGCUGGCACAGGAGCAGGAGCAGGAGCACAGCGAAGAGCUCGAGCAGCAGCUGGAACAGGAGGAACCAUUGCCGUUGUCCUCGCACGAGGACAACGAAAUGCCAGAGCACGUGUCCUUCAACUCGAUACGCCUGAUGCAGGAGUAUAUGCAGCGACGCAUGAAUAAGUUUCCCAAUGGCAACAGCCACCAUGUGCUGGGUGCCACGGACGAUGGCGACGAGGACGAUGAUGAGGAUGACGAGGAGAUGCCAUUGCCAUUGAUACCGGAGAUUGAGCUAAUCACGCCCUCAGACCCAGAUCCAUCAAUGCUAACUGGCAGCGACAACGAGGCAGCUGGUCUGCUCAAUGGAGGAGUCGCUGCCGCUGCAGCUGCUGCUGCUGCUGCCGCCGAUGGUCGUGGCUUUCAGUGUCCGCACUGUUACCACACCUUCGAGAUGAAGCAGAUACUCAAGGCGCACAUGCAGAGCGUGCACGGCACACCGGGACCCGUCUACGAGUGCACCAACUGCCGCAAGACCUACUUCUACAAGCGCUUUCUCGAGAAGCACAUACGACGCGGUCGUUGCGUCAAGAAGCGACGCAAUCAAACUCGGCCCAUGCAGUGCUCCGAUUGCCAUGUGCUCUUUCCCACCGGCCAUCAUCUGGGCUGGCACAAGCGCACUGGCUGCCCCUCCAAGGCGGCCAAGAUGCCUUUGCAGCAGCUCUUCAAGCAGAACAUUGUGCAGUUCAACAACUUUCCGAAGCGCGUGGCGCCACGCAAACCGCCCCCAGAUGCUGCUGCGCUGCAUCUCAACAAUCGCAAACUGGGCAUGACCAACAAGCGCAAGGGACGCACUCGCAUCAAGCUGGACGCCAAGAAGAUUGCCCUGGCCAAGCAGCUGAUAUUGCGCGAGGCAACGACCACGGUAAUUGCGAACGAGCUAAAUAUUUCGCGCACCUUCGCCUGGCGACUGCGCAAGAGUCUGGUGAAUGGCGUCAGCUUGCAUGAGCGUGUCGUGGAUCAGCAACAGCAGCAACAGCAACAACAGCAGCAGCAACAGCAGCACCAACAUCAACAGCAACAGUUGCAGCUGCAGCAGCAAUUGCAACAACAGCAGCAAUUUGAGCAGCAGCAUCAACAGCAACUGGAGCAGCAGCAGCAACAGCUGGAGCACGAACGUCAGCAGCUUUCAUUGCCCUACAGCCUCGGCCUGGGCUUGAUCAAGGAGGAGCAGCUGGACAGCGAUGAUGAGCAGCAACAGCAACAUGCAGCGCUCCACAUCGAUGAUGAACUGGCAGCGCAUGGUGACGGCGACGGCGGCGUUGGCGAUGGCAUUGUGGAUGAUGCCGAGGAUGAUGGCAUGGGCGACAUUGGCGCCGAGGAAACGGCCGGCUAUGCCGACGGCGACGAUGAUGUCUGCGGACUGUUGCAGCACAACGGCUACGAUAUGCGCGCCCAAAUGGAGGAGCACAGUCCGUUGGACGAGGCCGUUGAUAUGGACCACGAGCAGCUUGGAAAGCGCGGCGUUUCGGUGUCGCCAACAGCCAUGCUGCCGGCGCGUGCCGAUGUUGAGGCCUAUCAGCGCCUAUUGGCGGGAUCGCAUCGCUUUCCGCACAUUGUAAACGCACAGCAAUUGCAGCUGCAGCAACAGCAACAGCAGCAACAGCAACAGCAACAGCAGCAAAAGCAGCAGCAGCAGCAGAAGGUCGCACACAAUGGAACGAUGCCCAUGUUGACGCGUUAUCCGCCCUCAGUCGUUGCGGCCAAUCACGCUUUGCCUGUCAACCUGUCCCUGCGCUCCAUCAACAGCAACGAGAGCAAUGGCAGCUCUGGCAGCAAUACAACUGCGCCUGUCCCGUUCCCAUCAUCAUCAGCAGCAGCAGCAGCAAUUCAUCAGCCUGGCAAGAAGCCGCGCAAGCCGAACGUCUUCAUCGAUGAUGAGAAGUAUGCGAUGGCCAAGCUGCUGGUGGCACAGAAUGCAUCCACUAUGGAGAUAGCGCGUGCCCUGAAUGUCUCCCAGAUGACGGCCUGGAAGGUGCGCGAUGCCAUAUUGAAGGGUGUGCCGCUCUCCUAUCGCAACAAGCGCAGCGAGGGGCGCGACGAGGCGGCGGCACUGGCUGCCAAGGAGCAGCAACAGCAGCAGCAGCAGCAGCAGGAGCAGCAGCAACGUCAUCAGCAGGAGCUGCAGCGGCAGCAGCAGCAGCAGCUGCAGGAGCUGCAGCAGCAGCAAAUGGAGCUGAUCAGCAAGCAACAGCAGCAGCAAAAGCAGCAACAGCAGCGCCAACAGCAGCAAGAAUUAUUGCUGCAACAACAGCAGCAACAACAACAGCAACAACAGCAGCAACAGCAGCAGCAGCAGCUGCGCCACACACCAGCGGAAACAUCACAUUACCAACAGCAGCAGCAGCAGCAGCAACAGCAAUCGGCUACCUUGAAUGGCGGCAAGCUGUUGCAUACGCGUCGCCGCUUGAAGGCCGCCGAGCGGGAGCUGCGCGACAAGGAGAUCACACGUGAGAUACUCGAACUGAUCAAGGAGGAUAGCAAUAUACAAUACUGGAAGGUGUCCGCUCGUCUAGCCGAGAAGGGCAUCAAUAUAUCGCCGUCGUCUGUCUGUCAGAAACUCAAGUCGAUGGGCAUUCAUCGGCGCUGGAAGCCCGGCGAUAAGCCGCCAAUGCUGGCGAUUAGUCAACUGAAGGCGGCCACUGUGGCGGCAGCUGCAGCCACUCUGGCGGCCAAUGGGGCAAACUUUGGUCUGCCCAAUGGGGUGAAUGUGGCGGGUGUUGGGGGCAUGGUCGAUGAUGUCUUUGAGCAGCAGCAGUUCGAUAUGGGUGGACCACAUUUUCUCAGUGCCUUUACGCGCUAGAUGCCGGUCAUCGAUAGUCGACAGACGAUAGUCGAUAAAUGUGACGACGAGGGCGAUAACGAUUACGAUAACAGUGAAAUUUAAAAUGUUAGCAAGCCCGUUGGACAACAAACCGAAUAUAUUAUAUAUAUCUAUUUUUUCAAAAUUUUGUUAUCGAUAACGAUAACGCUGACAAAGACAUACAGACGACAAAAG